UGAACUGUCAAUCAUGAAAUUCUGAUAAUUUUAAUAACAAUAAAUCAUAUCAUAAUGUUUAUAUUAUAAAUCAUGCAGCCAUCAAUAACAUGUUAAAUUUAAUUAUGGUUAAAAGUUGAUUUAUAAUGAUUGUUAAAUGUUAUUUGUGAUCCUAAGCAAUAAUGGCUGUUCUUGGUGCUCAAUUGGUCAUAACUCUUGUUAUGGCCAGCCUAAUUCAGAAAUUAGGACCUCAUUUUUCUUUUGCUAGAUGGUUAUUAUGUUCCACAGGACUCACACGUUAUCUCUAUCCAACAGAUUCAGAAUUAAAAAUAUUAGCAGGCAUCUCGAAGGAAAAACCGAAAUCAAGAAAAAAUGCUAAAAAUCACUUUACAGAGACUGACAAAAAAUCUGAAACUUUUCAUAUACCUAGAAAUUUGGAUAUAACUUUAGAAACAGCUAAAGUUUCAGAUUUAGAUAUUAUUCAUUUAAGGUUUUAUAAUGAAUAUCAAUGGCUAGUUGAUUUUGCUUUGUAUAGCUCAAUUGUUUAUUCAAUUACUGAGGUUUAUCAUUAUUAUAUCCCCCUGGUAGAUGAGAUGAAUUUAAGCAUGUUAUGGUGCAUAUUGAUGCUUGGAUUUAGCUUAAAAUUACUUAUAUCACUAACAAUGCAGUACUUCAAAAGUCCAGAAUCUAUUGGAGAAAGAUCAACUUGUAUUGUAACUGGUCUCUCUUAUUUGCUUAUUGCGAUGAUCAUUCUAAUUAUAGAUGAAAAUAAUUUAGAAUUAGGCCUAGAAAAAGCAUAUUCAAGUUUUAAUGAAAAUGCUGCUAUAUUUUUGAAUAGUCAAGAAUUAAAUUCUAGUGGUCCAGCAUCAAAAUUAAUUAUAAAAUUCUUUUUGGCACUCUGGUGUGGACUUCUUGGAGCCCUUUUUACUUUCCCUGGAAUGCGUAUGGCUCGAAUGCAUUGGGACUGUUUAAAAUAUUACAAGGAUAACAGGAUCCUGCAACUAUUACUAAACUUGAGUUUUGCAUUACCUUUUGUUUUGGUGAUUUUAUGGAUUAAGCCUGUUAGUAGAGACUAUCUUACUGUAAGGAUUUUUUCUGGAAUGAAUCAACCAUUGUUAACUGAAAGUGCUUUCGAAACUAUCCGCCUGGUUGCAAUAGUUGCUGUUGUUAUCUUGCGUUUAAUCCUAAUGCCAAUGUAUUUACAAACUUACCUAAAUAUGGCAUACUAUCGGUUAGAAGAACAGAAAAAAGAGGCUGGAAGGAUUACAAAUAAGAGUUACAGAAAAAAGGUGGCAGCAGUUUUCUACUACCUGUGUGUAGUUAGCGUGCAAUAUGUGGCUCCUAUAUUGAUCUGCUUAUAUUUUACCUUUAUGUAUAAAACUCUCGGUGGUCUUAGUUGGUCAGCCCUAACUAAUAGCACAAAUAUUACAGAAGAAUGUCCAUUAUCUAGUCAUGUGCCAAAAGUACAAGAAACACAAGAAGCUUCUAUCUUGGAAUCAGCUCAGCAGUUUCAAUUUGCUUUAGGAAAUUUAAAAUUAGUUUUUAAUGAAGAUGUUUUUCGUGGUCUAUUUGGUUUUGCAACAUGGUGGAGUUGUUUUACUCUAUUUGCCACUACUUCCCUCGGAAUGGUCUACCAAUCAUACUUCACAAAAGCAUAACAAAAAUGUAUUUUAAAAAUGUACAAAAGCAUUUUUAUCAUGAAUAUUGUAAUGACA